AUGUCUGGUAAAUAUCAGCGUCGUAACGAUUCGCCAACAGUAAAAUUAUCAAAAUCGUUAUCAUACGUUCUUCGUCAUGGUGCACAAAAGGAGGGAUUAAAUAUUCGUGCAGAUGGAUAUAUGAGGUUACCUAGGUUUAGAGGAAAAACGUUAGAUGAAAUACAACAGGUCGUAAAGGAAAACGAUAAACAAAGAUUUACUCUUAUACAACAAGCAACUGAAAAUGGGGAUAUCGUAUGGUGGAUAAGAGCUAAUCAAGGACAUAGUUUAGAUGUGGAGGAAUUGGAAUUAGAAAAAAUAACGGAUUCUGCACAAAUCCCCCAAGUUAUACAUGGAACCUAUUCAAGUAAAUGGAAAAGUAUAGAAACACAAGGACUUUCCAAAAUGAAUCGUACUCAUAUACAUUUGGCUACUGGAAAAUGGGGUGAUAAAAAUGUGAAAAGUGGUAUGAGAGCAAGUUGUGAUGUGCAUAUAUAUAUAAAUGUACAUGAAGCCAUGAAAGAUGGUAUAGAAUUUUAUAGAUCUUCUAAUGGAGUAAUACUUACAAAAGGAGUUAAAGGAAUUUUGGAUAAAAAAUACUUUCUUAAAGUAGUUGAUAAGAAUGAAAAAUUUUUAUAUGGUCAAAGAGAUUCUAAUGUUAUUAAGAAUAUUGAUGAACAGGAUCAUGAAAAG